CCGCGAUAAACUUUUGGGGAUCAACACAAACGGGAAUCCAACCCAAUCCAAUCAACUCACAGCUGUAAUGACAAUGAAAGGAGACGAACUCGCGAUCUUCCGCAAGAUGCUCACCGUCACCGACGGCCGAGACAAGACCCUGAAAUGUAUCCAAUACUUCUGCAAGCUCCUCGUCUGGGCAUUCCUUAACAGACCAGGGAAUAAGACAAGUAAUCGUCUUUUGUUGCGCGAUAGCCUCAAGCCACUCAUUACCCAGCUGUCCACUACGCGAAAGGUUAUCCGGUUAGGACAUGUGUUGGAACCUAUCUCCGAACUGAGUGAUAUUUUGCGUGCUUUCAAAUCAUAUCAACUUAAUGAGAAGGACGCGGGCUCAAAGCGGAACCCGCUCCUGACAUUGGCAUUCGUGCACACCCUCCUAAGCAUCUCGAACGACGUCCUGGACGACAUCUACUGUCUCGGCCGCGUCGGCGUAUUCAGAAAGGAAGUCAGAGACUGGGCGGACAUCUGGGCGAACCGAGCAUGGUUCACUGGUACUUUGUUCGAUCUACGACUGAACUUCCAUUCACAAGCGAAGUUGGCGGCGAAGGUCGAGGCGAAGAGACAGAUAUUGAUGGAGCAGAAAGUUAGUGAUGAGGAGUAUUCGAAGCAGAUGGGUGCGUUGCAGAAUGAGCUGUUUUGGGUGAGGAUGAGUGGGUACAAGUUACUCUGUGAUUGUGGAUUCUCGGCAUACGAUGUUUUCCACUGGAAGUUCACAGAGGGUUACCAACAUUCUCUGGGAUUCAUGUCCGGAGUCCUGAGCUUCAGCAAGAUCUUCGCAAAGACGACAAAGGCUGUGCGGGCACAGUAAUAUUCCUAGAUCCUGGGU